UUUCUGACUGUUGACGCGAGAAUGGCGGCGUGACGGCAUGUAGCUUUUUUAACGUGACCCCGAGCAGUCUCAUGGACAUCAUAUUAUUGACAUAGUCACCGGGACGCACCGGCAGCCUCGCUUCAUCUCGUGGAGCUGUGAAUGCAUUACUUACUUUGUGAGGGCAUUAACGUGAGCAUUCAUCGACAAUGUCGUUAACCCGCGCCGUAAAUUGCAGUUGCUCAAACUUGCUUAGCCGUUAGCUCUCACUCCAGUUAGCCAGUCCAGCCGUUUGUAGCACACGAGCUAGCUAAUGUCUCGUGCUAUCACUAGCUUAGUUUACAACGGCUGUCAGCAUCGUCACCAGGACAACGGGCAUCCUUCUCACCCGGCAGUCUGAUGGAAGGGUGAGGGGAACUAUGCUGAGAUUCCUCCAUAUCCUUUUAACGGGCUUGUCAGGUGUCCUGUGGGAUGGAGUCACUGCUUUUGGUGGGGUCAGACUAGUGGAUGGGGAGAACAAGUGUUCUGGCAGAGUUGAGAUACUCCGCCAUGACCAGUGGGGGACCGUUUGCGACCACGGCUGGGACCUCCGGGAGGCUGACGUGGUGUGCCUGGAGCUGGGCUGUGGCUUAGCCGAAUCUGCCCUCCAUGGUGCAGUAUUCGGUGCAGGCAGGGGAGAGAUCUGGCUGCGGCAUGUCCAGUGCUCUGGACAUGAGUCUAGUUUGACACGCUGUGCUGUUGUCCUCCACAGUAACUCCUAUUGCACCCAUGAGAAUGAUGCAGGGGUGAAAUGCUCAGGUACGCUUUUAACGCCCACCCUCACCCUGCUGUCGCCUCACACUGUGUUUUCUCCCGGGGAGGCAGUUCGCUUCGGCUGCAGUGUUCCGCUCGGUCACCACCUCAGUGACUUCCAUCUGUACAAGCAUGGAGUGUCCACACCACUGGUUACACAGAGGGCAGACCAGACCCAGACCAGAGUGGAGCUGACACUGUCUGACAUAGAGGCUUUUCACCAGGGCAGCUACAGUUGUCGGUACAGGAUUAAGGGCGGCUUCCCUUCUCAGCUGCUCAGCUCUCCACCCAGCAGCUCCAUCAACAUCACUGUUGUGGAGCUCCUGACUCCCCACCACUGGUACAACACAUCUACCGAGGCUCCGGGUGGUUCCGUCCUUAAAGGCCACAGUUUUAACAUCACCUGCUCCACCCCACAGCAGUACCCUGGAGGCUCCUUCCAGCUGCGUUUGAUCCGCUCCAACGGCACAGUGCGCCAGUCCCUGCCUGCCCUCACCCCGUCUGUCACUUUCACCUUCCCCAAUGCUCAGAGCUCCAACGAGGGCUACUACUACUGCCUGUAUCGCGUCCAGUUGGGUGGACGCACCUUUGUCUCCAGAGAAAGCCAGCCCCUGCCGAUAGCUAUCAGAGACCCAGAUCCAAUACUGAGUCCAAUGGUGAUCAGCUGGCUCGUGUCUGGCCUGACAUUCGUUGUAGCCGUCAUUGUUAUAAUCAUUGUGGCCAAGGUACUGUGUAACAAGGAGAAGAAGCCCUCUGAGCUGGAGCGAGAGACCAGAACCUGUGUGGACAACACGUAUGUCGCCUUAUCAAUUAACAAGCUAUGACGGGGUAUGCAGGCAACAGAUAACUAAGACCAAAUUGUCACGCUGUGUCCAUCAUGGAUUCAGUCAGCCGGGGACAUCACACAGAACGAAACAGCUUGGUCGGUCCGCCAUCACACCUUUGGAAAAGGCACAACGUGAACCCAGUUCAGCACAGUUUUUACUGGACUCUAACAUAGGGUUGGGUAAUAUGAUGGUAUAUAUUAUGUGACAGUAGAGAUUUGGCAGUACCUUUUCCAUUACAGGUGCCAACCCUUAGUGUCUCUGCUAUAUUUUCGGUGCGAUCUUGCAAAUGUUGCUGCCUCAUAAGGUUCUGUGAUUUGGGUUGUGGGACUACUUGAAUGAGAGCGACAGUUGGUGGCAGUAAUGCACCUCUGCGCUGGUUUGCCAGCUGAAGCAAGAGAAGAGUGACAAGGAAACAUGGAGGAGAGUGAGAUUGUAAAUACAGAGCAGGAGGCAUCACUACUAACCCAAGAUGAGGGAGAAGAACUUGUUAUUAAUAAGGGUGCGACUUCUGACGUGCGGACAUGGUUUGGAUUUAGAAAAUCUGACACGGUAUGUUUAUUUUACUCCAUUUCUUGAUUGAAUUUACAGAACAAUUACUGUAUCAAAAUGAAUUCGGUUAUCAUGAUAUAAAAUUGCAUAUACCAUGAGAGAAGACUUUGGCCAUAUUGCCCACCCUACUCUAAAAUAGACCUAAGACUGCACUGCAGUAUUCUCUCAUGCCAAACUGCAUGCUAGAGUUAUUGCUGGGAUGAUACAAUAGGCUUCUAAGCCUUGUAUUAUGGUGAGAUGUAAGAUAAUGGCCACAGAAGACUGACAAACAGCAAAAACUAUUUCCAGGUCAAAGUCAUUCUUGGUUCAAGAUAGACUUCAGUUACACAUGUACUCGGCUACUGCCACGACUACAAAUGUACGGAGUGGAAGACUGCUACUAAAAGCUAAACUGGGGAAAUGGUGACAUAGCUUCCUCAGGUCUUUGUAUAUAUAUAUACCGUUUAAAAACAUUGUUUUAUAUUUAUUACCACUGGCUCCACUAGCUUAUUAUGUACUCGCUUCCACAGAUCAACAAUCCUAAAAGGAUUAGAAUUUGUUUUUGUACUUUAAGUCUAACCCUACUAUGCAUCUUAUGUCAUUUACAAUAGAACAUUAAUACAUACAUACUGCAUUAAAAAUGUGUAAAUAGAAGCUGUAGUUGAUUAAAAUGCUGCUCUUGUUGGAGCUUCUGGGCUCAAUCAGUUUGACGUUGUACAAAUAUUUCAUGUACUGUAGGUUGAUUUAUAGCAUCAGAUCAAACUACACAAGUGGAAAAAGCUUUUAACAUAAUAUGGUUCUUUUAUUUUUAUACCCUCAAUUAUUUAAACAUUUCAAAUUUAGCUCCUUAUUAAAGUACUUGAAGUUUCAAAUGUUUACAUAUACAAGCUCUUUUAUAGUUUAAGAAAGGGCAAUACAAAAAAAUCACAACACAACCUCCAGAUUGUAAAAGUAGAAUUAUGUAGUAUACAAGUGUGAUAUCUUUGAUUUGGCUCUACUUAAACAAAGCAUAAACAUAGCAUUACAACUUGUAUAAACAGUGCAAUGUGAUAUUUUUUAUCCUGGGAUAAAACUUAUUUAUUCAACACUAAAAAAAAAAACAUGAACAAUUAUGUCCCAAUUAUUCU